CUCCAAUAACUAACUUUUGGAAAUCCCUAUACUAGAACAACUGUCGUGCCAGUUUCUGUUGAUUUAUCCACCGGGCACACUCAGACACUCGUAUCAGGCUUAUCCAGACCCCCAUACCAGACCUAUUCAAACACCCCUAUCAGGCUUAUCCAAACACCCUUACCAGGCUUAUUCAGCUUACCGCAGUGGAACCCUAUUCGAACUAGAUUGCUCCUACUUUUGGCCUAAUUAGCUCUGACCUUAAUCCAGAUCGCCUCUAAUCUCACUCAAACUUGCUUCGCUUAGCUCAGAUCAAUCGCUAAUUAUGUCCUCCCUCAUCAACCCCUCGCUCUCGCACACACCGCCGUCCACACGCGGGUACAACCCCGCGGUUGGGGUCUUGUCCAACGGACUCCUCACCACCACAGACGUGCAGCAUGCGUUCAUUGCGGCGACCGCGCCCAGCAUUGCGCUCGCGCCCGGGAAGCGCAACUCGAUGGCGCUCCGCAAGACGCCCGAAAUCAGUCUCUCUGCCCUCAUCUACAUUUUCAACGAGCUCAUCAUCAACUACAACUUCAACCAGUCGUCAAACAUCGCCGUCUUGGAGAAAAAACUCAAUGCGCUUGGCUACCCGAUCGGUAUCAAGGCGUUGGAGCUCCAUUCAACACGCUCGGCGUCACCCGCCGCACCGGAAACGAAACGCUUUACGCGUGUUCUCGACGUAUUACAGUACAUCCAUACACACAUCUGGACCAUGUUGUUCAGCAAGACGGCAGACAACUUGGAAAAGUCGCAGGACAACGCGGACGAAUAUAUGAUUAUCGAUAACGAGCCGCCCUUGACCAAGUACGCCAAGCCGCCCAAGGAGUUUGAUCAGUUGAACUGCAACGCUUUUGUCGCGGGAAUCUUGGAAGGCUUGCUCGAUGCCGCCUACUUUAGCUGCAGCGUCAGCGCGCACACCGUCCCGGUCGAUGGCUUUCCGAUGCGCACCGUGUAUUUGAUCAAGUUCAGCAGAAGCGUUCUUGAACGUGAGUUUGUAAGGUUCAGUCGGUAAGGAGGAUUUCAAUACGGGCUCCCAGAGGCCAUGUGCAAGUAAUCACUAUUGUGCAACGGCGGGACUGUAACAUACGAUACCAUCCAAGAUUACGCUGUAGAGAUAUAAGUAUGCGACGUAUUAGUAGACCAACAAGCAGCACGAGCCGUACGGCUACACAUUAAUGUCAAUUCGAAG